GCAUGGUAUAAAAAUGGAAAAAUCAAUUCUGCACCAGUCGUUUUCCAGUGUUUAAACCGAUAUCAUCAAGCGACUCUACAUGAUAGCUUUUAUCACCAUAGGCUUUGUUGUAGCCUUCCAUGUGGCCACAACAUUGGCAACUUCGAAGGAGGUCACACUAUUCCCUGACAGCACUGAAAUUCGGAAGCAAAUAGCCCAGGUCAGUUGCGAUGGGUCCUACACGUUUAGCUUUCGAGCUUCAGAUGGAACUUUCCUCAUUGAGCACAAGGAUGCCAACGGUUAUGUUACGGGGGAGUUCGGGUAUGCCAAUCGAAGGGUAAAACUCUCAGACUACAUUUCCCAGAUUAGUGCUGCAAGACGAUCGCUUGGCCUCCAUAAUAUUGGUAGGAAAGAGUGCGAAACACACGCAAAGAAAGACAAAGCGCUAGACGCUAAAAAAUCCAAUGCAACCGCGAUUGCGGAGGACGAAACGCUUGACAUUCAGACAGCUUCUCUGCCUGUGCCAGAAGAAAAGAAAACCAUUCUCAUUGAACGACCAAAGUUCUUCAAAUUUGGUGAAGCUAUCUUCCGUUCGGUUUCGGCAACAUCUAGAUCUGAGAAAAGGUUACAAACGAAAUAGAUAAGUUUAUUCGCGGUCUCAAAGAAAUUGCAUUGAAGGCAAGACUUUCCACUGAAACGUUGGCCGAAAUGUCAGACCUGGUUAUAUAUGGAACUGGACACUCUGUAAUUUGAGAUUAAGAUAUUUUACGCGGAUACAUUGUUAAAGUAUUUUCGGAUGAAUUUUUGGCCGAAAGUUCUCCUAUUCAGUAAAAAAAAAUAUCGUUUACUAGUAAUACUACAUAACGUUUGAAGUUAAAUCAACGCCAUUACCAUGCUGAUAAAAAAAACCAUGUAGUGAGCACUGAUGAGGAUCUCAAUUUAAAUUUUAUUACGGUCACGGACAGAAUAAAAAAGAUGGCGUAAUACAAACGCUUACGUGAAUUACUUGCUGAAUUAAAAACAAACGAACUCAGCGUUUCACGCCUGCGUAAACUAGCAUGCAGUUUAUGGCAACUGACGAAUUUUUGUAAACUGUAAAAAUCUGCCUCCAUGUACAAAAUGGAAUUUCACCGGAAAUGCGUCAAAAGUACUAGUGGACGUAAUGCCGUCGAUCAGGCAAAACUUGCCUCUUCGGCCAUUUACAAACAGAAUUUCAAUUAAAGCUGAACUUUGUUGAAGCAGUGGAUAGUUCUAGUACAUAAUUCGUAAAAAUAUUUAGAAUUUCAGAAUACAGCUAAGAGGAUAAUGCUUUAUCGUCAAUAUUAAUACUUAAUGGCGUUGAUGGUGGAAGACAUUUGCAGUAGUGCUUGAUCUUGACGGUGAAGAAUCAGCAGAAGCUGGUAGUUUAUGAUUCCCAUACACCCUACAGUUAACGGAAAUCGGUUUAUUUGCCUAACCGAUUACGGAGCGAAAAAUAUUGACUGUAGACUGCGUACUUAUUU